AUGGACUCUGACAUGGUCCCCAGCAGGCUUUCAGGCUCAGAUGUCACCACGGCCCCACUUGAUUGCUUAGGCUUUUCUGAUAGGCAUCACCUUGCCUGCAAGGUGCUCCUCAACACGGCUCCAAGUGAUGUAGACCUCAUGCAUCUACACAGCCUUCAAUGCCGAGUGUUUGAAAAAGAAUAUGAAAUUGGGUUGUUAGGCAGAUACGACUAUUUGGCUUCCUUUGGAGGCAAAGCAACAGGAAAAAUGGUAGGGCAGAUACCUGUGAAGGAGGGAGACAUCAUAGAUCCAGGGCUGAGCAAGGUCAACAGGCUGCCUAUGGGGUUUCCAAGGCCAAUCUUCCAGGCAAGUCCCCCAUACCAGAAAAAUAAGCAUUCUUUACCUUCCCAAGGUUCUCAAUUCCAAGGAUUUCAACAGUUUAGCAAAAUUUCACCAAAAAAUUCAUCUACUGAUAUGAACACCUUUAACUUUCAAUUGUCAAAUGUGAGUAAUGACACCCAUCAAGACAAAACUAGCAAUGCCCAACCAAAUGGUUCAAACUCUACUCGCCCACAAUUCAACUGCCCACAAUCAAUUCAGGACAAAAUGAUAGUUAAUAAGGCUGUCAGCUCUUCUCAGCUGGCUCCACCAAAAAUGACAGAAGCAGAAGAGAAAUCCUUCAAUACAUGGAAGAAUAUUAGAAAAACAUAUGCACAGAAGAAGGGGCCAGUUCGAAAAAUGCCUCAUUUUGUUCCUGACCAAGCGUCUGAGAGGAAAGGAACAACAACCCCUCUCAACUCUGCAUAUGCCACCCAAAAGUCAAAGCCAAUAAGCAGUGUCCACAAUCGGCCAUAUAGGGAUAGAGUGAUUCACUUACUGGCACUAAAAGACUACAAGAAAUCUGAACUUCUUGUUCAACUGCAAAAAGAUGGCAUCAAAAUAAAUGAUACCAAUUUUCUUGGAAAAAUUCUGCUGCAGGUGGCUAAUUUGAAUGCCACCACUUUGUCAUAUACCUUAAAAGACAGUAUAUUCAGAGAGGUCCAGAAAGAUUGGCCUGGUUACAAUGAGAAAGACAAGCAGUCAUUAGAUUUGGUGCUUUCUAGAAAACUACAUACUUUUCACAAUGCUAACAAGGCCACCCAUUGCAAAGAAUCAUCUGUAGUUUCUAAAACAGAUGAUACAUCUUCCUCAAAGGAUCAUUUUCACUACUUAUCUGGUAUUGACACUUUAAUGAAAAACAAAGGUGGACUCUUUCCCCCUAAAUCUGCUAUACAGUUAACAUCAAAUGGCCAAGAAAGUGGUAACAGUGAGAAAUCUAUAAUUAUACCAUUAUCUGCAACUACUGCCAAAUACAUCCCUUCACCGUUGCCUACCUCCCAUAUGCCAAUUUCAAAUUCACCACUGAUUAUGAAAUCCAAUCCUAAUGUUUGCAGUGCUCCAGAAAGAUCUGGGAUUCAAAAUCCAUGUGACAGCAACAGCCAUGACAGUGGCAUGUUUGAAAGAGAGAAUAAUAAAUACACUUCUUGGGAAGCUCCAUCCAAUGUUUCAGUUCAAAAAAAGUAUUCAACGCCAAUAGAAAUACAGCAUUUCAUACCCGAGAAGUUCAAAUGUACAUUUGCAAAGAGAAAAACAACCAUCCCAAACUGCAUUACCAGCAUGAUAGAGAAACAGAAGAUAGAUUUUAAAAAACAAGAUGAAAUUAUGAAGUCAAAUUCGAACAAGGAAGUUAAACAAGUAUUUCCUGACAAUGGAAAGACCUGUUUUACAUCUGGGACUCCAGAUUAUUUGGCCAAUUAUUCCAUUAUAGUUUCCUCUGCCCAACGCCAGUGUUAUGAGAAGGAAUUCAGGGCAGAUUAUAGUGAAUAUCAGGCCAUGUCUGACAAAAUACAGAUUUCAUGCACACCAAUCAUUGACCUAGAUUCAGAAAGAAAGGGCUUUUCUCCAGGAUCAAGAGAAUACCAAGAUAUUACUAAAAAAAUUUCAGUAGCAUAUCAGAAAAUGCGAGAGCUUAAUCCUAAAUUUUGUGAAGAAAAAGAUAGAUGUGUGUUUCUUUACAACAAGCUGGUUCACAUUAAAAAGUUAAUAAAUGAUUUUGACCAGCAAGAAGUAAAGUUUGGACAAGAAUAA